AUCCUAUGGUCGGCCUCGCAGGACAAUCAAUGCCAGUCUCAAACUUCUUGCUUUUCCAUUGCACAAAUUUGUAUCUGAUUGUCAUGUUAAUCUACAUCAACAAUUUGAUUUUCCUCUUGAUAGCCAAGAAGAAGAUGAAAGCGCAAUCAUCUCGAGAAGUUGCUUUGCAGAAAUUGAGACCCAUGCAGAAGCGUGCAACGAAAUCACCAGCUGUGAAACCGAAAACUCCUCAUACGGCGCCCAAAGGCGGUAGCACGAGCGCGUCCAAAGCAAAAACUACACCCUCGGUAUCUAUAGCCUAUAGCAAGCCAAAAGAAUCACCUCGACCAUUACCUAAAGCCCGCAGCACGUCCAAAGAAUCACCUCGAAAACUACUUAAAGCCCGAAGCACGCCCAAGGAGUCGCCUCGGCCAUCACCUAAAGCCUUCAGCACGUCUAAAGGAAAAUCAGUGCAUGUAAUACCUCUAGCCUAUGGCAAGUCGAAAGAAUCAGAGUCGUUGAACACUUUCAAGAAACAAAAAAGGAAGGAGUUGACCAUGGAAAGAAUACAGUAUCUGAUGGAUCGAACACAAGAUGUUCCGGACUCAGAACAAGCCAAUAAAAAGCUGGAGGGAAAACUAGACGAUCUGAUUCUUUUCUCAAAAACAGCUAACUCUGUCGAUAUAAGCGAUGUAACGCAAAAAACAAGGGAAACUAAAGAUGAAGAGGAUUUAUCAUCUCAUCUCGCAUCGUCAUUGACAAAGUCCCAAGGUUCAAAAGAAUCUGCGGAAGCAGUGAUAGUUCCAAACACGAAGGAGACAAAAUUGCCGGCUAAGGCUCCACAACCAAAAAAAAGUCCACCGAAGAAACUUCCUCGAGCACCUAAGGGACAUCAUGAAGAGGAGUUGAGAGAAAUGGAGGAGUUUAUGGAAAAAGAACUGCCCACAACGUAUCUGCCACCUCAAUAGCA